AUGUUACCGCAUUGGAAAUUUUGCACUCCAAGUUGCGACACGCUUCGUAAGAUGGUAAUGGUGAAGUUGCAGGUGUUAUUGGUGCCCCACAACAGAAAAGAAGUGGAUAGUACCAAGCUAACUCAAUGGGGUACUCGAAAGUUUGUCCACUUGGCCGAGGGUAGUUCUACACUUCAUCAAGUAUGCGAAACCCUAGUGAUGAGAUAUCGAAAGUUGUAUCCAGACGAUGACGAGCUUCAAAUAUUUCUGGUCCAAGACAACGAUAUGUGCGACCUAGACCCUGAUUAUUUGGUGGAUGAGGUCUUAAACCAAGGAGAUAUAAUACGUGUCAUUGCAUCGAAUUCUGCACGGCCAAAUAUGUUAGAUCAAACAUUGACUGACAUCUCACACCGGGCCCAAAGUACACCCACAGCGCUUGGUUAUUCAAGAAAGGCAACAUCAGAAUCUGCAAGCCGUAUGGACAUAGAUCCACAGACCACUCAGGAUGAUUUGCUAUCUAGACCAACUAUUUGGAAUGAGAGAAUUAGCAGCAAUUCCUCUACUCAUGACAUACACAUACCGAAAAAACGAACCACAACCACCCAGCAAAAAAUUAAUGAUGAGUUUUUCGCUCCUUCAGCUUCGUCCCCAACAGCUCCAAGACUGCCUUCUACAAGUCAUUUGGACCAGAGCAUGAUAUCGUUACCACCUCCAGAAUCGCGAGACGACAGGACAAUUCCUCGAAAACGUAGCAAUCCGGUAUCACAUAGUGAGCUACCCACCAAACGUAUCACUUCAGGUAUGUUGGCAGCACCAGUACAUGAAAGCAACUCGCCAGAGAAUGAAACGCACACAAUGCUUGCAUCACCACUGGAAAACGUACCCCAACCGUCUCCGACCAAACUGGUUGACAUGAACUCUUUCGUUGAACCAGAUAUCGAAAUGGAAGAGGAGAGUGCUCUGGAGAAUAAAAACGAUACCGAAAGCAGCGACGACUCCGAUGACAAGGACGACGAUGACUCCGACGCAGGAAGCGUGAUGUCUAAACAGGAAUUAUUGGAAAUGUUCAAGGACCUGUUCUCCAAAAACGAAGCUGAAGAAUCAAAGAAAAAUGGGCUGAAAUCAGCUUCCAAAAUAUCGCCAUCGAAGGGGCGUCCCCCUCGGAACUUAAUGAAAGGCUUGGAAAUAGAUAUGGUCAAUGCCAACUUUCCCGUAGUGGACCAUUCCACAAGAGCCACGCGUUCACGUCUGCGGGGCCAAAACGGCACCUCUGAAGAUGGCGCCCCAAUUGUUUACACUACUGAGAGAACAUUAAUGUCUCCGGUACGUACUAAUGGUGAAGGUUCAAGCAAUAAUACAGUCCCUACUGUCAACAUAGUCCAGAAUGGGAAAGAUACAUCAAAAACUGCAGAUGACUCCAACAGCAAGAGUAAUGACAGUUCUAGGAUAUCUCUUGAAUUUCCUCCCAAAUCCAAACUCGCAUCUGUUUUCGAUAAAGUAAAGAAAUUUGAUGCGAAGCUCACAUCUUUAAAUGUUCCUCGAAAUCAUGAUACCUCACUCUCAGAGAUCAAGACCGAACAGUUACCAUCUAAGAAAGAGGAAAACAAAUCAAAAGAACCAGAAGAUUCAAGUAAAGACCUGAUGUCCGAGCAGAUCUCAGAAUCAUCAGAGCUGUCAGACGAAAGUUCAGAGUCAUCGGAUGAAUCUGACUCAAGUACAUCAGGAAAUAAGCAAAAGCCUAGACUAGCGGCGUCUACCCCUUCGUCAAGUUUCACCUCAAUAAAACCUAGAGGACAAGCGUUGUCGACCAAGGCAAAGAAUACGAUUCUUGGCCCAUCGGAUACGAAGGCGGUAGAGAAAAAGGAUACACCUGUACAAAAGUCUCAAAAACCCGAGCUGAACACUACAGUUCCUUCUAGCAUAAAGAAACCAACUCUAAAUUCAUUGACAGAUUUGGCGAAAAGAGGUGUCCCUGAUGUCCGAGAUAGCAGUCAGCAACUGACAGCUCCAGCAAAGACUCAAGGCUCACAAACGCAGGACGAAAGUUCUGAACUGUCGUCUGAGUCCUCGUCUUCCUCAUCUGACGAUUCUGACUCAGAUGAUAACUCAUCAAAAUAUAUCACUGCCAAAAAGUUAGCAGGUAAUAAGAAGAAGCGAGGCAACGGCGGCUUUGCAGCAUUGAUGAAAGAUGCUCGCAAAUGA